AUGUACGGUGAGAGCUAUCCAGCGGCGGCGCAGAGCUCCUGCCCGCCGACAAUGGCGGUGAUCGGCCAGCAAUACUGCUUGAGUUACCCAGUUGACCUGACCAUCGUGCGCAAGAUGUUGACUUUAUCGAAGGGAAACUUUGAGGUGAAAGAUGCCAACGGCAACUUAAUGUUCAAAGUCAACGGGAAGUUGUUCUGCCUCCACGAUCAGCAUACCCUCGUUGAUGCUGCCGGAAAAACGAUCGUCACUUUCCGCCGGAAGAUUUUUUCAGCACAUGGAAGAUGGCAAGUGUUUAGAGGAGAAAGUACAAAACCAAAUGAUCUACUUUUCAGUGUUAAGAGAUCUUCAAUAUUACAAAUGAAAACAAAGCUCCACGUGUUCUUGGCUUCAAAUACGGCCGAGGAAUUAUGCGACUUCAAAAUUGAAAGCAGCUGGUUCGAGAGGUCGUGUGUUGUGUACUCCAGAAACUCCAACAAUAUAAUUGCUCAGAUGAAGAAAAACUGCAAUGCGCGAUGUAUUCUAAUGGGGAAAGACUUGUUUGGUGUGACCGUGUGCCCAAAUAUUGACUAUGCCUUCGUGGUUGUUCUCGUCGUGCUUCUUGAGGAAAUUAACACAGUCCGUCCAGGAAAUUCAGGGGGACCUUAA